AUGGCACGAAAUCUACGCAUUUGCAUGCUUAAUGCCGAUGCACCGGUGCCUGUUGUUGCCGCCGAGCGCGCCCCCACCUAUGGGCGUAUCUUCCACCAACUUCUUUCCUCCGCAGCUGCCAACACAAAGUCACCAGGCGCGCCCUUGAGCACUGCCAUUAAGAUCACAUCUACGGACUUCGACGUGACGAGAAACGAAUAUCCCAGCUCGAUAGCAGAGUUCGACGCUAUCAUCAUCUCUGGCUCCGCUAACUCGGCCUACGAUGAGCUGCCCUGGAUACGCAAACUCGCAAGAUGGACGAAAGAGAUAUAUGAGAAAGAGCCCAGGGUGAAGAUCUUCGGCAGCUGCUUCGGCCACCAAUUGGUGUGUCAAGCUCUACUAGGAGAUUAUGGUGUGAAGGUGGAGAAGCAUCCGGAAGGCUGGGAACUAGGGGGCAUGUACGAACCUGGUCGUGUUCUCACGUUCCAGGGUCACUUCGAGUUCGAUCGUUUCAUCAACAGUGAGACAAUCAAGUACUUCUUCCCGAAUUGGCAGCCCAAGGUCUUGGCAGAGACGCUUGAUGCUAUCGAUGCGGAUGACGAUUCUGUAGCAGCAGCUGGAGUAGUUCUGAAGUUCUUCUUGGACGACAGUGCUAGAAAGCAUGGUCAGUCACAUGCUGUCGUUGGGGGUCUACUCACGCCACCAUCAAGAGAAUGA